ACAAGGUCGAUCACCUUUUUCUCUAGCUUCCUCGACCGAAACAUUCCAAAACAUUCGAUCAUCGUAGAACUUGCUCGGAAUUUACUAUGCGCAAGUUUCCCGGAUUACAGCCAAGAUAACAAAGCAGCGAAUGUUCGCGAGACAUUUCGAUCUGUGCGAUGGGCGUUUCUGUUACUUGACGUCGAGUCGAUUUGUGUUUGGAAUUCGGCACGAUCUGCGAAUGAUCGGAGAAGGUGGGACCAGCAGCAGUAUCCGCUACCACUCGACAGCGACCUCGAGCGAGUUCGGUCGUCGCGCUGGCGAAUCGUCAGGCGAGGAAUGCGCGCUGUAAAUACGCCGAAUACGAACUAUGGAGCUGGAGAUUCAUCGCGGACGCAAUCCCGGAAGUGUCUUCGGCAACGGUGGUAAGUGCACGUGUUUUCCCCACGAGGAUCUCUCUUGACGAGCCGCGAGCAAGCAUGCACCAGAACCAGAGGAGGAAGAAGAAGAGAGUGAAUUACGGCGUGCGGGCGGUCGAGGUGAUCCGCGGCGCGAAAGGCUUCGGUUUCACGAUAUCGGGCCAGCAGCCAUGCAUACUGAGCUGCAUCGUGCAAGGCAGUCCAGCAGAAAACGCCGGUCUGCGUGCUGGCGACUACCUGGUGGCUGUCAAUGGCCACAAUGUCAGCAAGGUGCCGCACGACGACGUAGUGCAGCUGAUUGGCAAUUCCAAGGGUGUGCUGCGACUGCAAAUAGCUGAGAACUACUACUCCGACUCAUCCGAUGAGGAAGGCUUGGCUACUGUAAGAUCCAAGCCUAAAUACGCUCACAAACCACGUGCCACUAACGCCGGUGCUCUGCAACUGCAGUGCAGGGUGGCAAAAGUGGUAAGGGAUCUGCAAAGUGGCGCUAUGUUUCAUGCUGUUGGCUCCAACGCGUUGCCAGAGAAUAAGGAUCAUUAUGGUUACUCUGGCUUGCACUAUCGUUGGAACAUGACGAGUCCUCUGCCACCACCACCACCUCUAGUAUCCCACAAACGUGAUUCUGAGAAAAUUGUUCAUAGGACUGUUGUCGGUUAUCUUGGUACCAUUGAUAUACCGAAUCAAUUGCACUCAUCGUGCAUGAUGCAGGUUUUGAGAAAAUGUAUCAAAAGACUGAAGGCGGAAAAGCGAAAUCCGACGACCGUUCUUCUCACUAUUCAUGUUGCCAAUAUCAAGCUCACCAACUCGGAGAAUCGUGUCAUCGCAGAAUAUCCCUCGUAUCGAAUAAUAUUUUGUAACUCUUUUUCUGAGCAAGAUAAGCAGUAUUUUGGUAUAUUGACUAAAUCCAUGAGGGAUACGGACGAUAUCGUCUCCAAUUCGUGUCACGUCUUUACUAUUUAUUAUAAGUUAAUCGAUCACCAAGUGCAUUCUAGUGCGUGUAACGUGUUCGGUUUUACGUGCACAAAGUCGUCCGAACUGAAUGUUUGUCAGGAGUUCCCCGAUAGCUGUACGAAUCUUAUCGGUGCCAUACAGACAUUGUAUAUAUCCGAUUGCACGAACGGCGAGACGAAUCCUUACAACGAAGCGCGCAUACGUUUGGACACCGCCUCGCCUCAGCCAAGUAACGUUAGCACAUCGACUGCUCACUCCAGCAAUAGCGAUUCUGGGAUUGGUUUCAAGGAUGACUACGGCAGCUGUUCAGGCAAGAACACGGCGAACGAUUGCGGGCGAAGAAGACAAUGUCCUUCAAAUAUGCAAUAUAGGAACGUAACCGCGCGAUCGUCUCGGGAAUCCAUCAGCGAGUCCGCGGGGCAUCGGUUGGCGGUUCGCGCGACGUCGGAAGUGCGAUGGAACAAGGAACUAAAAUUUGACUCGGCAAAAGAGAUGCGGUCGGUGGCGGGGAAUGGUGGGGGCACGACCACCACCUGCGCCCCUGCGGGAACAUCUGCCCCUGCAGCGGCGUUGCGAAGCUGUACUUUGGCCAGUACGUCCGUUGGCUCCCUCGCGUCGGUCUGCACCACGGCGAUGCUCGACGGUAUUGAGGACGACGUCGCCGAAUCCUCCAGGACGAUACCAUCGACGGAGAAGACGAAGCAGCGAUUCGCGGACACGAUCAACAACAAACUUAGCCCGAAAGUGUACUGCGGUCAGGUUACGAAGUCCUUGGUGCACAGCCUGGAGGACGUCAAUUCCAGCAUGGAGUAUGCGCGACCUUUCUGUCACUCGUACACCGCCAAACAGGACAAGCCGCGACCUUGGGGAAGUCUACAGGAAAUUCGGAAUCUCGGCAACAGCGUUUCGGACAAUUGCAUAUAUGGCAGUACGGAGUCUUGCGAUAAGAACAAUGACUGCAAAGGAGUACACAUGUGGGCGAAUGGAUUCGAGAAACUUUUGGAUGAUCCAAAGGGCUUGCAAACAUUCGCUGAAUUUCUCAAGAAGGAGUUUAGUCAUGAAAACAUAUAUUUUUGGGCUGCUUGUGAAAGAUAUAAAGAUACUAAAGACCCUGCUACACGGCAUCGAUUAGCUUGUCAGAUUUACCAACGUCAUUUGUCAAGUACAGCCGCCGAGCCAGUGAACGUUGACAGUCAUGCAUCAGGACAGAUUACCCAGGAACUACUCGACGAAGCACCCGCGGAUCUAUUUCUACAAGCCCAGAAACAAGUAUUCAAUUUGAUGAAGUUCGACAGUUACCCGAGAUUUUUGCGAUCGGAACUUUAUCGUGCUUGCUUGGAGGCAGGUACCGCCAUAGUUAAUACGGAAGACUGUGAUCUACAUCUUACGAGUUCGCCUAGUGUAAAAUUGAAGAAAAGCCACUCUGAUGCGGAAGAUCGUUGUCGAAAAUCGAUUCUUCCUUGGAACAGAAAGAAUAGAUCUAAAUCGAAAGAUCGCGGCGAAACCGAGUACAACAAAGUCCCCAGUCGAAGUGAGACUAUAUAUAAGAGCUUUACCGUCAUUAAAAGAGAAACAGAAGGCAACAAUAAUGAAGACAGCGUAUCGAUAUCCAGUAGUCGAUCAUCGUUAGCGUCAUGGGAUUUGGCACUGCGGCAGUCGUUUAACAAACAUAUGGUAGACACAAAAUGUUCUUCAUCAGUAUUAGCAAGUCAAGAGGUGGAAGUCGUUCUCACAAAAGUUCUAAAGGUGGAAUUACCUUCGCGAAGAGUAAUAAGCGUUAUUGCUCACAAGGGCAAAACGCUGAAAGAUGUCUUGAGGCCUCUUUUAAAUAAGUAUGGUUUCAACUUAGAUUUCAUCAGUAUUUGGAGCGAAGGUCAUUGUGUUCCUAUGGACGUUAUGGCUAUCAAUGUCCCUACACGACUUAUUGUAAUGGCGAAUGAAGAAGAUUUUCAACGAGAAUUGCAUACUGCUAAGUAUCUGGACGAAUUACCACAUGCACAACCAACUUUGGAUGAAAUUACUAACAAAGUAUUCGAGGAGCUUUUGGUUGGAAAGAGUAGGAAUAAAUAUCAGUAUAGCGAAGGGUCAUGUAAGUCUGAUGAUCAGCGUUCAGAAGGAUCUUCCAUAUUAUCCAGUAAAUUUUUCCUUCGAGACUCAACGAUUCACGGAAAGAAGAAAGCCAAAUCUAAAUGUUGCAAUACAAGUGAGAAAGGUAAUACGAAUGAUUGCAUACACGAGGGAGCGCCUGUUAAAUCUCAGCCUCCACUUAUCGCAAAAUGGCGUAACGGUGUAAAAUUGCAGCUUCCAGGCAGAUUCGACGGAGAUGAUUUAUACGAGGGACUAAAAAGAGCACAAAGAUCCAGACUGGAGGACCAGCGAGGAACGGAAAUCAAUUUCGAACUACCGGAUUUUCUGAAGAACAAGGAGAAUGGGAAACCGUCGGAUUGUAACAAGAUGCGAAGGAGCCGAGUGGUAUCGGCCAAUUGCGAGGGCACCGCGAAGUUUUACGAUUCUAACGAGGAUAAGCAAAGCUGCAGCAGCGGAUACGAGUAUCCCGCGCACGUGACGAACGGAGGUGGCGUGAAUGAACGAUUCUCGGCCCUGGUUAAUAUCACGGAGCCUCUGAGUAAGUGCCUCGACAGCUCGUUUACCUUGGACGGCGAUAGAACGUUAGUAGACGGAGAUCAGACGAUCAUAGAGAACGGUACUAAUCCCCAAUCAAAAACUCUACACUCGGGCGGCUACGGUACGGACGCGUCUCGUGCGAAAUUACCGAAACCGCCGCCGUUACCGCCGAAACCGAAAAAUCUCGUCGUGAAUGUAGUGAAGAGCGGUUACAUUGUGUCUCCUCCAAAAUCCUUGCAGAGGCCUAAUCAUGUGAUCGAAUAAAGCAAUCGAAGCUUGCAAAAGUCAUUGUAGAGAGAAAGAUAAUUACUUUUCGCUUUAGUAUUUCGCGCGAUGCCACAUUUGUGUUUGUGCACGGCGAGUAACGCAUCGUUGUGUGUCACGUCUACAAAUUGUUCGACAGACAGGAUUGAUUAUUUGCGUGGAAGUUCACUUGGACGCGGAAGAUAUACAUUAGAAAUGAUUACUCUAAUCGCAUUCUUCGAUUUCCCAUUAUAUAUUCACAUUCCGCAAUCUAGAUUUUAACGGAAACGUUCUGUCCUGUCUAUGCCUUAAAAAUUAGGUGAUAUAGUAAUAUACGCACGAUAUAUGUAUAUUUUAUAUAUUCAGAAUUUUUUAUAUGCCGUCAAGAGCUGUCUUGAUCAGAAAGAAAAACGAAAAAAGUUUAGGUGACGACAAUUCAUGCGCUUAUUAGGUGAUUAUAUAGGAUAAAGGGAAGGAAAGUAAAUUUUGACAAAAAGGAAAGUUCCAAAGGUCGGGAUGCAGUAGAAUAGAUGAAAAGAAGAGAACUGUUUUCAGUAUUCUUGAAUAACUCUAUCGAUUACACACGUUUUCUACAAAAUUACCACCUUGUAGAGUAAUUUUCAUAAAGUUAUCGUACUACACGCACGCCAGACUGUUAUGCGUGCGUUGCUUUGUAACAACGAAGAUACUCAUUGUAGAGAAUUACGCGAAGCAGAUCAUGAAAUGCUCUAUUGUGACAUGCUAAUAUAUUGUAUUACUUGACUACCUGAAUUAGAUAAGGCGAUAAAUUCUCUAAAUUUUAUAGAAAAGAAACUUUAUGCAUAUACUUCGACGUUGUGCCGGCUUUCACUCUUUCGCUGUUGAAGGUAAUCAAAGGCGACCAACGCUCUCCUUGCAUUAUCCUUCAAAUUUUCCAUGUACUAUGAACGAAUAUAAUAGUGUAACGAGACUCUAACAAUUUUAAGUUUUGAACAAUUUUGCAAUGACAAUUUGAUAUCAGCGAUAUUUAACGUUAGUAUAUAAGAAGAUUAUUAGUAAAAACGAUUUUUUGCAAUGCUCUAACAUGGCGUGGCCACUUUCUAGCGUCGCAGUAAGAACAUAAAGUCUUCUUCGUUAGUUAGUUAUUGCAAAGUUAUCGAGCAGCUAUGUAUAGAGACUUCGCACGCGAAAAAAUUAAUAUUCGAUCCAGUAUCAGCAUAUCGAUAACUAAAGGAAUGUUUUUCUGGCAAUAUAAUUGUUGGAUCUUUCGUUAUGUAUUAAAAAUCGCGCGAUCACAGCAUUGUAAAUAUAUUACGUAUUUAUUACACAAAUAUAUAAUAUAAAUAUUAAAUAUAUAUUUAUAAUGCUGUGUGUGUGCGUUUAUAUAAAAGGGAACAUUGUAACGUAGCUCCGAUUGUAACGCGGCGUUGACAACGAAGACAAUGAAUUUAUAAAUCUGUGACAUAACAUUUUUACUUCAUAUAUAUAAAUCGAUAAAUAAAUUAUACGAAUGUUUCGUUUUCUUAUAGAUUA